UCCGGUACUCUUAACCGAGGACAUGUUAUAACUAUGAAAUAAGAAGAACGAUUGAAUAUUUGAAAUGCGAAAGAAAUGCUGUUGAAGUAUUUGUUUUGAAGAUUUGUUUGUAAUAAAGGCUGGAAAGAAUAAUAGAACCAUUAGGAUAUCAUGGAAUCACAAAAAGAUACUUUACCUUAUCUAAGAAACUUAAAUCUCAACUAUUAUACGAAAUUUAAUUAUCAAAUUCUGUCAUUAAUGACUAAUGAACUAGCGAUAGAUACGACAUGAAAUAGUUAGGAAUAGCAGAUUUAACGUAAUUGCCUUCUUUUGCUUUUGAAAUACGGACGAAGUUCUUCGCAAUCUUGUUUCAAUAAUUCUAUCAUUUCAAACUUCACUGUAAACGAGCAUAAUAUUUUUGGACAACUUUUAAAGAAUUUAGGCAUUCAUUUACAUUAAGAAGAAAAGUAAAAAUAAUGGAUCCACGGUCCAAAAAGCCUCACGAUUUUGUAGCAACCUAUAAAAAUUUAACCGAGGAAAUUCACAAGAGAAACCGCUUACGUAUAAAAUGGUUUCAGAAGUAUGAAUGGUUAUUAGAUGAACACAAGAAAUUACAGAAAGAAUUAGAGAAAUUGUGCGAAGAAAAGCAAACGGUUAUUGCCACGGAAACGUUCGAGCGAAAAGAGGGAAAAACUUGUUUGCCAGCUCCGAUUACUACUAGUGGCGAGUCGAUGAAACGAUCUUCUCCGACGAUUUCUGGCUCGUCAAAGAUUCCUGGACACGGUUCUGUGGAAGAAAGUGAACGAAUAAUUAUGUCGAUCUCGAUUGUGAUCACUGUAAUGAUGAUGAUGAUGAUGAUGAUAGUCGGAAGUUGCGGAGCUUACGAGAAGGAUAGAGUCCUCCGGUUGUUGGAUAUCCCCCGUCAUUUCCGCCAAUCGAAGGAACCACGAGAGAAUCGAGGACAAAUCGAGCAAUGUCGUGCCACGAAUCUCCGGAAGGAACAGUUGGGACACGUGAACGUGUUCGCGUUUUUGGAUCCCUCCUGGUACUACAGCUACAGGCAAGCAAUCAUGUUGGGAUUAUUGAAGAAGCGAUUAGACAAGUCCGGUUUUUCGAAUAUCUUGUUCUUCAUGGUGACGCCGCCGUCAGAUUUGCCGGAAGACAGCACGGAGAACAAUAUAGAGAUAAAAGCGUGGAGGGAAAUAUCUAAAAAUAUACAGGAGUCCGAGUACUUCUUCGACUUAGAAGAAUCGUUGUUCGCUGACGUUGAGAACAAGAAAAAGGACAUAAUUUUUCUUCAAGACACUUCCGAGUUGGGUAUCUGGAAAAGUUUUCAUGCAUCGAAAGACGAAGUAAUCAUUAUCGAUCGCUGCGGUAAAGUAACUUAUCAGAUCAUAGUACCCUGGAGUAUACUAUACUUCCCUUACGUUAAAGCGGCCAUUCUUUCCACGUACAACGAUGAUCCGUGUGGUCCUUGCCAUGAACAAUCAACGAUAGCACGCGAUUCAGUGGAAUACGAGGAAUACCUUUUAAAAGCUAUCAAUUCAGAUGAAAUAAAGAUAGAUAAAAAUCUUGAUACGCGUACAGAAAGAGUAUUUACCGAUUUAAAGACUAGCAAUAUAUCCUCAGAGGAAUUAAAAGAAAUUGAAGAUGAUAAAAAUACCAGUACCGUCGUUCCUUUUAAUCCAAGCAAUAAUGGAAGUAGGGUUUAUGAUAUCACAACUGAGUCGUCAACGGUACGGACUACAGAAAAUAUGAAAAACGAUGACAAUGUACGAGACAACAUUCUUUUUACCGAUAAGAAUAUUGAAAUAACUUCUGAAAUACCAUUGGAACAAGAACAAACUCAGAUACCGACUAUAAUAUCAAACUUCGCGACGACCGAAGUAUACAGUGAAGAGCAAGAUUGCAUCUUUUCCAAUAAGCACGUAAAUGGUAAUAACAACUUUUCCACGAGUAACGAUUCAAAUACUGAUUUAACAAGAAAUCACGAAGACCUUCAAAUUGAAUCAAAUAUUAGUUUGGAAGAUGUGAAAAUGAAAGAACAAGAAGUAAGUAAGAAUAAUGAGCCACAAAGUCCAAACGACGAGAAUAUGCCUUUACGUAUUAUAUUAUACGCUCCGCAUUUACAUGAAGAAAAUGGAACAUUUAAAAAAUAUACGCACUUAGUUCUAAAAACAGGAAGUCCUGAUUAUCAUGAUCAUUUUAAUAGUAAAAGUACAACUUCUGAUCAAGAGCCAGCAGCAUUAAAAAGGUCAGAAUCAACGAUAUUAGACGAUAAAACGUUGGCUCAAUUCGUGCACAGUGUAGACGAGAGCCCAGGAGUAUAUGGAGAAAUAGCAGAUUAUUGGCAAACUAUCGACGGAGAUGAACUCAAUAAUAAAGACGAAAAUACAGAGUAUACAGAUUACGACUACGCUACGGCAGAGGAUACAGAAAGUAAUACUAAUGAUGCUUUCGAUAAUGAAAGCAGUGUAUUAAAACCAAGCGAUAUCGAUUCAACUGAUUCAGACAUGAAUAUUACAAAUAACAAUGAUUUGGAUGAUUUUAUGCAACGAAGAUUAAUCGAGCAUUAUAAUAAAUUAUCAACAUGGAUUUACUAUAUCAUUUGACAAAUCAAUCACACUUAUGACAAAUAGAGUAUCGUAAAAACAUGUCUACACAAAUAAUCAUAAAGUUGUAUAGUUGUAAAAUAGAAACGGAAAUGAAUCUCUUAUUUAUA